AUGUGGCUUCUUCGCCACCCACCAUCCGACCAUGGAGUUGCCAACGUAGACGAUGGAGUAGACAAUGGAGCCUUCGUCCAUUUCGUGUUUGCGAAUCUCGACCGGGCUUUUAAGUCCGACAGCGGCGGAGUUGGGACACACUCGGGGCUCCCCUUUUCUCCCAAUGGUCGAAAGGCAGCUUCAAUUUUGCACCACAUAAAGCAGUGCAGCAAAUUCCAGCUCCCAUUACAGGGCAAGAAAGCUCAUGCCCACGUCAUCAAAUCGGGCCUGGACCUUCACGGGCCCCUCUUUCCCAACGCGCUCAUCAACAUGUACGGCAAAUGCGGCCACCUCGAGGACGCCCUCCACGUGUUCGACACAAUGCCCCACAGGGACCUGGUCUCGUGGGCCUCCAUUUUCACUGCCCACAACCAGGCGAACCUCCCGACCCGCACGCUCCUCCUGUUUUCGAGGAUGAUAUUCGGUGGUGGGCCCGACCCGGACCAUUUUAUCUUUGCUAGCCUGGUCAGGGCCUGCGCGGGCUCGAGUGCCCUGGGGCCCGGCCUGCAGCUGCACGCCCGGUUCCUUGUCUCCCCUUAUUCGGAUGACGAUGUCGUCAAAUCGGCCCUUGUUGAUUUUUAUGCGAAAUGCGGGCUACCGGAUGAGGCUAAUAAGGUAUUUAGCUCGAUUGUGUCAAAAAAUGUAGUCUCUUGGACUAGCUUGAUGUACGGGUAUGCUCGGAUGGGCAGGAAAAGUGAAACCCUUGAACUUUUACACAAAAUGCCUUGUAAAAAUUUGCAUUCUUGGACGGCCCUGAUUUCGGGCUUUGUUCAGGGUGGGCAUAGUAUCGAGUCGUUUAAGAUUUUCAACGAAAUGAGGGGAGAAGGAGUUGAUAAUCAAGAACCUUUCAUUUUCUCCAGCUUGAUAGCCGGUUCGGCUAGUUUGGCCAUGCUGGCGCUCGGGAAACAAGUUCACAGGCUGGUCAUAGGCCUUGGGUUCGAGUCGAACUCCUACCUAAAUAAUGCCUUGAUCGACAUGUAUGCCAAAUGCAGCGAAAUAUUAUCUGCAGAGAAAAUCUUUAAAAGCAUGAAAACGAGAGAUAUCAUCUCUUGGACUUCAAUUAUUGUCGGGCUGGCCCAGCACGGCAGGGCGGAUGAGGCACUCUCUUUUUACGACGAGAUGAUUAUUACCGACUUGAAACCAAAUGAAGUAACUUUUACUGGGUUGAUUUACGCGUGCAGUCAUGCAGGUCUGGUGGAAAGAGGCUUACAGCUUUUUAACUCGAUGGUCGAUGAUUUUGGGAUAAAACCUUCCCUUCAGCACUACACGUGCUUGGUGGAUCUGUACAGCCGGUCGGGCCACCUGGAAAAAGCAGAGCACGUGCUUAACUCGAUGCCGUUCGAGCCAGACGAGGCCGUGUGGGCCACUUUACUCAGCGCUUGUGCUCAGAAGGGUGAAACCGAAACGGGUGUUCGGAUCGCGAACCAUCUUCUCCAGGUGGGCCUGGAAGACCCGUCAACGUGCAUUCUGAUGUCGAAUGUGUAUGCUCGUGCGGCCAUGUGGGAGAGAGUGUCGGCUGUGAGAAAACUGAUGGCGAAUUUGGAGGUGAAAAAGGAACCGGGUUAUAGCUGUGUUGACUUGGGGAAGGAAAACGAGGUUUUCUAUGCUGGGGAGAGUGCGCAUGCCAUGAAAGAUGAGAUUUUUGAGUGUUUGAAGGAACUGGAUGAAGAGAUGAGGAGAAGAGGGUAUUUGCCCGAUACUUCUUUUGUGUUGCAUGACAUGGAGCAACAGGAAAAGGAAAGGCAGCUGUUUUGGCAUAGCGAGAGGCUGGCCGUGGCAUAUGGGCUUCUAAAGUCGAGUCCCGGAUCAUGCAUACGUGUGAUCAAGAACUUGCGUGUUUGUGGGGAUUGCCACACAGUGUUGAAGUUUAUCAGCAGUAUUGUGGGUCGUGAGAUAGUUGUAAGAGAUGCGAAUAGGUUUCAUAGAUUUAAGGAUGGCUUGUGCUCUUGUCGCGAUUUUUGGAGGAACAACUUCUUGUGCUGCCUAGCUGGGCAAUGGACUAUUGAAGGUCGGGCGCUUUCGUUGGGAAACCUUGCUCGAGUGGGAGGAAUUGCUGAAGGAGGAGGCGACUGGGGAGAACCUGCAAGGUAUCCGGCUAUCCGCAACCAAUUUCCGAAUUUUAUCCUUAAGGACAAUGAUCUACUUGAAGGGUACGGGAUUGAUGUGGACGAGAGUCGAUCUUAG